GGGAGGCUGCUCUUAUUAUAAUUCAACGUCAGACCAAGUUUGAUAAACGCCCCCCUCACUCACUCCUCUCUUUUCCUCCCUGCCUCCCUUCUCUCUUCUCACUCUCUUCUCUCUCCCUCCCUCUCCGUGGCCCAUUUCAAUGGUCCUUAUGCACAAUAAGGAGAUCUGUUUUUUCCACUACCACCACCACCACCACCACCACCACCAUCUUUGAGCUCACACACCGGCUGUAGACCUCCAGCAGCAGCAGCAGAACCCUGCCGCUGCAGUUGCGCUGGCACACAUUCAACGUGGGUGCACACAGUGGGUGAGAGAGACCCGACGCAUCUUGUGGAUUUCUUUGUACAAGCCCGUGUACAUGGUUUGCCUCGCUUUUCUUGUAACACAUCCAGACCAGGAGUUGAUUUCACUUCUCGGAGAAAAAUGUGGCAUCGCACAAUAGCGACAAUUUUUGUUUUAUUGUAUUUUUGGGGAGAAUCGCUGGCAGGGUUUCCAAACCAAAUCAACAUCGGUGGACUGUUCAUGCGCUCUACAGUGCAGGAGCACAGCGCCUUCAGGUUUGCUGUCCAGCUGUAUAACACCAACCAGAAUGUGACGGAGAAACCCUUCCACCUCAAUUAUAAUGUUGACAACCUGGAGUCCUCCAACAGUUUUUCUGUCACACAUGCCUUCUGCUCCCAGUUCUCCCGGGGAGUCUACGCCAUCUUUGGCUUCUACGACAGAAAGUCCAUGAACACGCUGACCUCCUUCUGCGGGGCGCUGCACACCUCCUUCAUUACACCCAGCUUCCCCAUUGACGCCGACGUGCAGUUUGUCAUCCAGAUGAGGCCCAGUUUGAGAGGAGCUGUUCUCAGUCUACUCGAUCACUACAAAUGGGAGAAGUUCGUCUACCUUUACGACACUGACAGAGGUUUUGCAAUCCUCCAGGCCAUCAUGGAGUCAGCUGUAGCCAAUAACUGGCAGGUGACAGCUCGCUCAGUGGGGAACAUUGUGGACCCCACAGAGUACAGACGUAUCAUCGAGGAGAUGGACCGCCGGCAGGAGAAACGAUUUCUCAUCGACUGUGAAGUCGACAGAAUCAACUCGAUAUUGGAGCAGGUGGUGACCUCGGGAAAAAACAGCAGAGGAUAUCACUAUAUCCUUGCCAACCUGGGAUUUUCCAACAUGAGCCUGGACAGGGUCUUUUCUGGUGGAGCCAACAUCACAGGCUUCCAGAUCAUCAACCCAGACAGCCCCAUCGUCCAGCAGUUCCUCCAGCGCUGGGAGCGCCUGGAUGAAAGAGAAUUUCCAGAAGCCAAAAACACUCCUCUGAAGUACACAUCAGCGCUGACCCACGAUGCCAUCAUGGUGAUUGCGGAGGCCUUUCGAUACCUUCGGCGGCAGAGAGUGGACGUGUCUCGAAGAGGGAGCGCGGGCGACUGCCUCGCCAACCCCGCUGUGCCCUGGAGCCAAGGCAUCGACAUAGAGAGAGCUCUCAAAAUGGUCCAGGUACAAGGAAUGACAGGAAACAUCCAGUUUGACACGUUUGGACGAAGAUCUAAUUACACAAUCGAUGUGUAUGAGAUGAAGUCAGGAGGCCCCCGCAGGAUCGGCUACUGGAAUGAGUUCGAAAAAUUUGUUUAUAUAAUGGAUCAACAGGUCACCAACGAGUCCUCUUCUGUGGAAAACCGAACAAUUGUGGUCACUACUAUUAUGGAAGCUCCAUAUGUGAUGUACAAGAAAAACUAUAUGCAGAUGGAUGGGAAUGACAGAUAUGAAGGCUACUGUGUCGAUUUAGCUUCUGAAAUUGCAAAGCAUGUGGGGAUAAGAUAUAAGCUGUCGAUAGUGCCGGAUGGGAAGUACGGAGCCAGAGAUCCAGAGACCAAGACGUGGAAUGGGAUGGUGGGUGAACUGGUUUAUGGGAGAGCUGAUAUAGCCGUGGCUCCUCUAACCAUAACGUUGGUACGGGAAGAAGUGAUAGACUUCUCUAAGCCCUUUAUGAGCUUGGGCAUCUCUAUAAUGAUAAAGAAGCCUCAAAAAUCCAAGCCGGGGGUGUUUUCCUUCCUCGACCCGCUGGCCUAUGAGAUUUGGAUGUGCAUAGUAUUUGCCUAUAUCGGCGUGAGCGUGGUGCUCUUCCUGGUCAGCCGUUUCAGCCCGUAUGAGUGGCAUCUGGACGAGAACGAUGAGGCCAAAGACCCUCAGAGCCCCCCAGACCCUCCAAAUGACUUUGGGAUUUUUAAUAGCCUGUGGUUCUCCCUGGGCGCCUUCAUGCAGCAAGGAUGCGAUAUCUCACCAAGGUCUCUGUCAGGGCGCAUCGUCGGAGGAGUGUGGUGGUUCUUCACUCUCAUCAUCAUCUCCUCCUACACGGCCAACCUGGCUGCCUUCCUCACCGUGGAGAGGAUGGUUUCCCCCAUCGAGAGUGCAGAGGACCUGGCCAAGCAGACAGAGAUCGCCUAUGGGACAUUAGACUCAGGCUCCACUAAGGAGUUCUUUAGGCGCUCCAAAAUAGCAGUUUAUGAGAAAAUGUGGUCAUACAUGAAAUCAGCGGAACCCUCAGUGUUUGCCAAGACAACACCAGAUGGGGUUGCCCGGGUACGAAAGUCGAAGGGCAAGUUCGCCUUUCUACUCGAAUCCACAAUGAACGAGUACAUAGAGCAGCGGAAACCAUGUGACACCAUGAAAGUGGGCGGCAACCUCGACUCUAAGGGCUAUGGUGUGGCUACACCUAAAGGCUCUGCAUUAAGAACUCCUGUAAACCUUGCAGUAUUGAAACUCAGUGAACAAGGCAUCUUAGACAAGCUGAAAAACAAAUGGUGGUACGAUAAGGGUGAAUGUGGAACCAAGGACUCGGGAAGUAAGGACAAGACAAGUGCACUAAGCCUGAGCAACGUGGCAGGAGUCUUCUAUAUUCUGGUGGGAGGGCUUGGCCUGGCUAUGACCGUGGCUUUGAUAGAGUUCUGCUAUAAGUCACGGCAAGAAACCAAAAGACUCAAGCUGGCAAAGAAUGCCCAAAACUUUAAGCCAGCCCCUCCGGCAAACACCCAGAAUUUUGCCACGUACCGUGAAGGCUACAACGUGUACGGGACAGAGAGUGUUAAAAUCUAGAGGAGGUGAAAUUUGUGGAUUCCACUGGUGCGUCUGGAUGGAAACAGCCCCUCUGUGUGACCCCCGACACACCGAGGCUGGCAUCCUCAGAGGCAGCAGCCUUUGUCAUCACCUCGGACCCGCUCGGCUUGAAGUGCUCGUGCUGGGUCGUGAGGCCUGCUACACUAACAGAGCGGGCAACGAUGCAACAGGACUUUUGCUUCUUGAGACAUGGGAUUUGCCUCUUGUAGUGCCUUAUGAAGCAUUUGGCGUCAUGGCAAUGCAAUUCAAAUUUAAUUAACUUGAAAAAAAAUGUAUGGAACUAGGGCAAAACGUUGCUUCAAAUGAAAAUUAGGUGACAAUUUCUGUUUAGGGAACUUGUUUUAUAUUUUGAAGACAUGAAAAAAGCCAUGAUUUGUGAUUGAAACAUCCUGGCAAUCUUAUAACAUUUGAAUCCUUUACAGACAUAUUUUUGUGGUGACAUCUUAAGUUGGAUAAAUGUUAUAUUUAGUGAAGUAAAGUCAUUUUCUUAUUUUACUAUAAGACUAUUUUCAGUGUCAUAAUAUUUAGGACAAGCAUCAGUCUGUAGGGUUAAGCAUCAAUAAAAAUGACAACAUUGUACCCCAUUUUUUACUCAGAAAAUAUCAGUAAUAUGAAAUUAGUGGUCAUCUGAAACUGCUUAGAUGGUGUUGCUUUCAAAGCCUGUUGGACUUCAGACUCUCCCGACUCUGUAUUCACUUAGAUGCUUGUUUUAAAUCUAUUACGUGAGACUGCAUUUGUUUCGACUGCCACUUUGAAACGAGACAGACCAUUUUUUAUUGAAAUGAGGUCAGCUUUUAUCACUUAGUACCAUACUGUCGAGCUCUUGAGAAGAAUUAUAAAUCCUUUAGAGGCUAGGAGAGUGACCCCUUUUUAUGUAACAGCAUACUCAAAUUGUUUAACUGAGCUUAUGGUUUACACUUUGUACACACUUAGAAGCCGUUCUCAUGUGAAUGCAGUAUCUGCAGCUGUGAAUCUAAACUUUUUUGGUAAAUGAUAACACACCAUAGCUUCUUUGGUUGUGACAAGUAUUGCAUUAUGCAGACAGUUUAGCUGGUGAACUGUACAGCGAAGAAAGAGCUAUGAAUGAACCAUUUGUCUGUUUGUAUAAGUGAACUUUUUAUAAACUGACGGAAAAAUCUAAAAAUGCUUCAAACCAUGUACGCCUACAUUUGUUUGGUAUAUCAGACUUUCUCAUCCCUUUCUCCCAAAUAAAUUGCAUGUGAAUUUGGUGAUAGUUUUACCAAACUGCAACUCGAGAUGGACCCUGGUUAAGUUAGUGUCCAGUAACAACAUCUGCUCCGGUUUGGUUUAAUUUUUCCAUUUCAUUUGUAAAAGUACCUCAACCAUGAGAGUUGCAUGUAUGGACAUAAUGAACCUCUGUGCAGAGGUUAUGUACAAAGGAUUUUAUUACAUUUCCUUAAUAAAAGCAGGUUUAUAUUCA